AUGCGGCACAACCUGCGGUCUCGAGGACCUUCAGGUCGAAUAUCCGUCGCACUCAUCCUCAGCUAUGUCUUUGACUGGUUCAUCAUAAUUGCUGCCGCAGGAAUUGGAGCUGCGCUCGCAAACAUCACCCCGAACAAACGACCGUUCUCCCUCAUCAAUCCCGAAAUCAGCUUUCCCUUUGUCACGCAGGAGAAGAUCUCGACGGUCAACUUGGGAUUGACCUGCCUCGUUGCGCCCGCAGUCAUCAUCUUUAUCGUCUCGAUCCUCCUUGUUCCUGGACCGACAGUAUCCAAGUCAGUACCCAAAUCGCUCAUAUGGCGGAGGAAGAUAUGGGAAUGGCACACAGGAUGGCUUGGAUUGGCAUUGUCACACGCAGCCGCCUUCCUCAUCACUCAGGGCAUGAAGAAUCUGUUUGGAAAACCAAGACCUGAUCUUCUUUCCCGAUGUGACCCAGACCUGUCAAAGAUUGCUCAAUUCCGCACAGGAGGGUUUCUUGCAGAUAAUGGAGAAGCGCCCACUGGAACACCUCUGCCUGUUCUUGUAAACCAUGGCAUUUGCCGCAAUACAGACAAGCAUAUCAUGGACGAUGGUUUCCGCAGUUAUCCCUCCGGACAUGCUUCGUUCGCAGCGGCAGGCAUGAUAUAUCUGAGUUUAUAUCUUGCCUCGAAGCUCGCUGUCAGCGUUCCGUAUCUAGCACCGAAAUCAUACAGUACAGAUGAUCUACAUACGUCCGCCUUUCCAUCUCGUACGGAGAGAAGAGCAUCAGAAAGAUCUACCAUUAAGCCGCAUUCUCAACACAACGAUAAUGAACCAACCGGUCACGAUGACAGAAUUAUUGCGUCUCGAAAUGAAGCUGCGGCCCCUCCAGUCUAUCUUCUUGCUAUUGCGAUAAUACCCUGGUUCGCGUCAAUAUACAUUGCAUCUACACGAUACUCAGAUUUCAGACACCAUGGCUUUGACAUCCUAUUUGGUUACUUGAUUGGACUAGUCACUUCCAUCUUCGCAUUCAGAUAUUACCAUCUCCCCAUCCGUCAAGGCGCAGGUUGGUCAUGGGGACCACGCAGCUCCGACCGAAGUUUCUGGGCUGGCAUCGGUGUUGGAAAUUACGCAGGAUCAGGUAGUCCAGUGACGGAAGGAGCAGUCAAGGGAUCAGCGGAUCUCGAAAACGGUGGCAUGGAGCUUUCCGAGAGACACGAUACGAACGAAGCUACAAACGAUGUGGGUGCCGCCGCCGGAAGGAGAAAGGACGCAUUCUAA